CUUGCUGGGCUUGCUUUUAUGUUUUCAGCUAGCAUUCUACUGCAAAUAUUGGCUUGUGCAAUAUACAACAAUUGGUGGCCUAUGCUAUCAGCUCUCAUGUAUGUCUUGGUGCCUAUGCCUUGUUUAUUCUUUGGAGGGGGGUCCACUCAGUUUCUGAUCAGCCGGGAUGGUGGGGGUUGGAUAGGUGCUGCUAAAUUCCUUACAGGGGCAUCAUCUGUUGGGAGCAUAGCCAUUCCUAUUAUCCUUAGGCAUGCUCAUAUGAUUGAAACAGGGGCUAUGCUGAUCGAGUUCACAUCAUUCUUCAUAUUUGUUUGCACGGUCAUGUGUUUUCACCGUGCUAGUCUAGAAGAUGAUUGGUGACUGAAGCAUUACUUGCUAACUUCUGAUGUGAUUUGCUUGCUUUUUUUGAUCAUAUAAGUUAUAAAUGACCAAUUACUGUAUUAUACAUGCGAAAAGAGAAGCAUGAUUUCCCAUCUUGUAAAUUCCUUUUGUGAAUAUCAUCAAAAGGGAGCAUGAAUAUACAGUAUUUUGCUUUGCUUGACUGGAUAUACCUUGUUACUGAUGCUUAACUGGAGGAUACUUCUAUCCUGUUUGAUUUGUAAUGUUUUGGAAAUUGCUCCUGAUUUUUAUUUUAAAUUCUUGCUGCCAA